AUGUCUGAAUUUCUAACCCUUACUCAAUUACAAGAAGAAAUUAACAGCUUAGAAGAUCGACUCAUUCAAGUACGGCAAAACAAAAAAUGUACUUCUACUAACACAAAUUUUACUGAACGUCUGAUCAGCGUCAAUGAUCAAUCCCUUUUAUCAGUUAAACCUUGUAAAAGUGUUGAUCAUAAUAUUGAUCAAACCAUUAACCAAAUAACACAGUUAAGAUCAUAUACCAAAGUUCGGUUUACUCACGUUACCAAUCAUGUGAAAAUGUCAUCCAUUGGAGAGCAUAUUAGACAUUACAUUAUGGCCGGAGAUUCCCAGAGUUUAGGCUUUAAUCUUGAGUUCGAUGUAAUCGAAUCCGAUCUUCGUAUCCAAAACUUAAAAAUUAAAGUCGACUCAUAUGUUAGACGCGAAAUUGGACAUUUCGUUGAAAAUAUGGAGAAGGAUGCGAACUUGUUGACGUUUUUCAAAGGUUUCGUCGAAUACGCCCGAUUGAAUGGUCAACGCGAAUUAUUAUUUAAUACAUUGAAGCAAAAAUUCUCGUUCCUAGCUGUUAAUGCAUGUUCUAAUUAUUUGCUGAAAUUUUCGGAUCCUAACGAUAGGUUUGAAUUAGAAACAUUCAAUCUCAAAAGUUCUUAG